GCUUAUAUAGGCCUUACUUCCAUCCCAACAACAGGUGCUGAAGAUGGUGGAAUAAACUUCCGCUGGUUUUGGCGAAAGCAUUUUCUUCCACGAGAGGAUGAUCACCAGGAUGAAGGUUUGAAUUCUAUCUCGAAUGUUUUGUUGAAGACUUCAACCAAUCAUUUAUUUGCUAAAUCAAAAAAACAAAAAAAUUACAAAAACAGAAUAAAUUGAAUGCAUGACAGAUCGGUGUUAUCUGAUGGUCACACAUAACGCACGAGAAACAGGGAAACCCUUUAGAGGAAAGUUGAAAAAGUACCGUUACUUGUAAGGUGCAUUAUUUGGUUAAAGAUAUAUGGAACUCUACAGUUUGAAACAUAAAAUUGGUUGUUAUUGGCGAGUCCAAAAUACCAAUUUAAUAUAAUUUACUCGUAGGCUAUUAUUAUUUAGAAUAAUUAUAGUAAGAGAAGGUAGUUUUAGUCUAACGGUCAGUUAUAAUUACAUGCAGUGUAAUAAAAGGAAAACUAAAAAUACAUAACACGUAAGGAAAUGCCUAGCAUCUAAAUAAUAUAAUAAGCCGCACGUUAUCUUAGUGAGUGACAGGAACGACCCGCUUUGAGAGUGUUGAUAUAAUCUGUCAAAUUUGACCAAUCAGAGGGUAUACCAGGAGCUAGAAUACCGGAACGGGUCGUUUAAAGAAAUGAUUACAGGCUCCGCCGCCCCUCCUCUCCCCAGUUUCCUCCCGUUUUAUUUUCGUCUUCGCGCUCUCUCAAUUCAGCGGACCCGACUAUCUCGGAGCCUGCAACAGGCUAGUCUAGAUCGCGCAAAAUUAGGCGUUUAUCAAUUUCAAAAUUUUGUUUAUUGUUGUCAUAGUAAUAUUGAUUUUACUAAAACNAGUUUGAAACAUAAAAUUGGUUGUUAUUGGCGAGUCCAAAAUACCAAUUUAAUAUAAUUUACUCGUAGGCUAUUAUUAUUUAGAAUAAUUAUAGUAAGAGAAGGUAGUUUUAGUCUAACGGUCAGUUAUAAUUACAUGCAGUGUAAUAAAAGGAAAACUAAAAAUACAUAACACGUAAGGAAAUGCCUAGCAUCUAAAUAAUAUAAUAAGCCGCACGUUAUCUUAGUGAGUGACAGGAACGACCCGCUUUGAGAGUGUUGAUAUAAUCUGUCAAAUUUGACCAAUCAGAGGGUAUACCAGGAGCUAGAAUACCGGAACGGGUCGUUUAAAGAAAUGAUUACAGGCUCCGCCGCCCCUCCUCUCCCCAGUUUCCUCCCGUUUUAUUUUCGUCUUCGCGCUCUCUCAAUUCAGCGGACCCGACUAUCUCGGAGCCUGCAACAGGCUAGUCUAGAUCGCGCAAAAUUAGGCGUUUAUCAAUUUCAAAAUUUUGUUUAUUGUUGUCAUAGUAAUAUUGAUUUUACUAAAACCCACAUUUUGACAAAUUUCAAUUUAUAAUCAAUCAUUGGUGAAAAUUUUAUAGCGAUCAGACAAGGAUAAAAUCACUUUUAAAGUGAUUGAAAAAUAUCGGUAUGGCCUCUGAAAAACUAUUAUAUCGAAACACCUUAAAUACAUGAGUAAUGAGCUGGUGAGAAGAUUAUGUUGUAACUACUAGUGAUUGGCUAAAGGUCGCCAGUAAUGAUGAUUUUGUUGUUCUCGCUAUUGUUACCCAUAGACCAAAUUAACGACGAUCCAGAUGGAACUAACAUAAGUGAAGGUAAAUAGUCAUAAAUGAUGAUAGCCAUAAACAAAGAAAAUAUCAGUGCUAGAAAAUUAUAAUUUAUAUAGGUAAUAGUAUGAGCUGUAGUGGUAUUUGGCGAUAAUACCGCGAGAAAUAUUUCAAAAUUGUCUAAAAUACCACGAGCCGCGAAGCUUUUGUUGCAUUUGGUCGUUUUCCGUAGUCUUUCUCGCGAAGAGCUCUGACUUGCUUUUCCCUCCGAGGACUUGAAUUGUCUGCACACCAUUAAUUCUCUGUCCUUUGCUAUGCCGGGAGAUUUUACUUUCAUUUUGUCUCUGGUGUCUGUUGAGAGCAGCCAACAUGACCCUUAGACUAUCCUGCUCAUACUCAGGGCGGUCACUUUUGCGAACUUCGGCAAAAAAUCACGAGAGAUGCUCGUUCAGUUCUUUGGCAUUGUCUCGUUUUAAAAUCAAUUAGGCCGUCCUUAAGAUCCCAUGGUUGUCGCCCACAUCUUCCAAACCUUGAUCCAAGUCUUCGUAGUUUUGAUUGUAUUUUAUGUUGAUGGAUUUUCCGGCGAGCUGUUGUAUUUCGUCCCCGGAAAUUUCUAGGAACCUGGCCCCCAUUUUUUUGCAAACAAAAAAACAAAGAUGCGCGACUAUGCUGUCGUCAUGCUUACUUCGUUAUAACAUCGUUUUUUCAGUGUGCUAUACCCCUAUUACGCAGAAAUACCACCAUUAUUAACCAAUCAAAUCUCAGAAAUUUCUUGCCCUAUAUUAUAAAUGUAAUUGUACUACUACAUGAGAAAUUUCUGCAAUGGUGAUUGGCUAUAGAGCAGUGGUAUUUGAGCUUAAUUUGAAAUACCUACAUGUGACAAUUACAAAUAAACCUUUACGGGUUAAGUAGUAUAAACAAAUAAUAGCAUGAUUAGUGCCUGAUAUUUGGCAUAAAUACCAAUCCUGAUAUUUCAAACCUGAAAAGUCGAAAAGUCAAUUGAAAAUAUUUUAUCAAUUAAGUCAAUUUGUGUAUUAAAUGAAGGUAUUUUAAUUUUUCAUUCUGUUAAUGUCAGUUAAUUUUUUGGCCGAAAAAAUUCUAGGUGUCAGGCCGGUUGAGGAAGGACAUAAGGGAAAUUUAUGGAAGGGUGUGCCGUGGAGGCCAACAAAUCCUCUCAUUUCAUUUGUUUAAUACAAGAGACCUCUUCUGUGUGCCCAAAUACUCCAUAACGCUUGGUUAAAGAACAUCUCCUUUGUUUCUUUAAUCUGGAGUUAAGGAGCUUUUUCAGUGAUAAACACUGAUCACACUACACAGCAUUUAGACUCUUGCUACCUUCAAGAUUCAAACCCUAUUCAAGGCAUUGGGUCUAGAAAGGUGCCCUGUUUAAGACGCUAAGUAACGAAAUUGCAUGCCCCUUAAUUUGGAAACCGAGACCUUUCAAAAAAAUUGUCUGUUUGGCGGCACAUACGCGUUAGAGGCCCCGGGCUAGCAGCAAAAUCGUUCUGCAUUGAAAUGGCUGGAGUCAUAUCAAUAAUUUUCUUAGUUAACCGAAUUCAUCCUUAGAUGCGCUAAUCUGCAGGAAAUUUUUGUUUAUAACAUUGCAGCCGAGCUGAAAAUUAGAGGCACUCUAAAGGCCAUUUAUAACGCAUCUCUAGACAAAAUAGAAGAGGCUUUCACCGCCAAUAAUUUGUGCCGCUGUAAAAAUCCGGNUUUUUCAGUGAUAAACACUGAUCACACUACACAGCAUUUAGACUCUUGCUACCUUCAAGAUUCAAACCCUAUUCAAGGCAUUGGGUCUAGAAAGGUGCCCUGUUUAAGACGCUAAGUAACGAAAUUGCAUGCCCCUUAAUUUGGAAACCGAGACCUUUCAAAAAAAUUGUCUGUUUGGCGGCACAUACGCGUUAGAGGCCCCGGGCUAGCAGCAAAAUCGUUCUGCAUUGAAAUGGCUGGAGUCAUAUCAAUAAUUUUCUUAGUUAACCGAAUUCAUCCUUAGAUGCGCUAAUCUGCAGGAAAUUUUUGUUUAUAACAUUGCAGCCGAGCUGAAAAUUAGAGGCACUCUAAAGGCCAUUUAUAACGCAUCUCUAGACAAAAUAGAAGAGGCUUUCACCGCCAAUAAUUUGUGCCGCUGUAAAAAUCCGGUUACAACAGCUUUUGAGGUUAGUCUGUAUCAGCAUCAAUCCUCUUAUAUAGACGCUUACAAGUGAUUUGGGAGCGGAGAUAUUUUGAGAGCAAAAAAUCAUGGUAAGACACUAGUUUGAGCAGAAAACCCACCUACGGCCAUCUUUUUCUAUUUUCUGUGAGAAAACGUUUAAAAAAUCAGCGAAGGUGAUUCUUUUCAAACGGCCUUCUUUCUCACAUCUCUGAUCGGAAGAAUUAAGACCUGUGGGAAUCAAUUAACCAGGCAACCAGGUUGGGGUAAGACCGCAGUGUUGUAUGGUACUAAAAUACCCUUCAGUUGGAUAAAUCUGUCUCAACCAUUUUCUCACCGUUUAUAAAGCAAAAAUAAAUCAACAACGACAAGAAUUAUUUUAGGUCACGAUAUUCAUACACAUCAUAAUCAUUUCUAGAUUCAAGAUCAAGCAUGUUGGUCCAGCACAUCAUUGAUCCAAUUUUGUUGGAUGGUGUAAUUGUAUCCGUUUGAAAGAACGAAAUACUAUUCACUCAUUUAGGCCGGAUUCACCAUCAUCCGUCAUCUUCAAGGCCGUCCAACGGUGUUCAGGGGAAUCCAAAAUUCGCUUUCACAGCCUAAUGUCGGACACCAGUUUUUUAUUACUCUUAAUGCAGGUUUCAACGAAACUUAGGGAACUCUCCUACUAUCGAGACGACAAUGCAGUAUUUUUUACUACGCUAGCAGAGCAGGUUGAGGACUUCUCCGUUACGCUUAUGGAUCAAAUCAACACGAAAGAGGAAAUCUCAAUUGAGCACGAGGAAAUCAGUGAUAUGGACCCAUAUGCGUCUUUACUUGAUAGCAUCACCGAAUCAGCUAUUAGCUUUUCGCAGAAAAAGGUAUAUAAACUUUAUAAUGAUAUGGCUGCUGGAUUUAAACGUUCAACAAAAGUUGCUAUUAACCGUGCUUAUAUACAACAAAGUUUUUCUACGUUUCCUGAGGCACAGAAUAUCGCAAGGUGCCGAAAAAUAUUGAGAUUCUUCAAGGUAUGAAAAAGGGUAUGAUUUUUAGGCCUUUUGAUCUGAAAACGGGUACAAUUUGUAUAGACUUUGCCUAUUUUGGUCUGGAAUCACGGGCAUGGUUUUCCAGGGAACGACGGGAGUGCAUGAACGUAUUUGUCGUUUCAAUUCCAAGUGAAUAAGAAAGAGAGUUAGAGUUAUAUGUGAUUUCGAAAUAGAUUUUAAGGUUAUGGGCUCCUGGUAUGAUGACAAAAUUUUUCCUAGGGAAACGUAUGUUGCGUUUGUGAGUCCUCCAGGUUGGAAGACGGAUAUGUAUUUAGGGGGGCAGGUCUGAAAAGGGGUGUGGAAAUGACAUUUUUGGUCUGAAAAUGGGGUCAGGAUUUGGAGAACCGGGUGGCAAACCCCCACCAAGAGUAACCCCCCACUGGGAAAUCAGCCUAGUCUGUCUGUAAGGAAAUAAAUAUUUGCAGACAACAGGCCUUACGGAAUAACUAUUCAAAACCAAAAAAACGGGAAAUGUAAAUGAAAAUCUGAUAAAGAGAGGAAAACACUCUGUCGACAAAGCUUCUGUCGGCGAUACAUUGCGUGAAAGAAAGAAAAGAAAGAAUAAAAAUAGUACAAGAUUUCAAUUCGAAAGUAGUGAUAAUAGCAAAAAUGUUUUACUUUCCAACAACUCAACUUUUUUGUGCUUUUAUUUUUCCCUAGUUUGUAUCCCUUCCACUGUCGUACAGACUGCUGACCCAAAGGUGGAACUAUGGUUUGCCACUUGACUGUCAACCAGGGAAAAAAUUGAGGUUUCUUGUAUAUGUAUUUAUCGUACUCGACACGAUUUUAACUCCUGUGUUUCUUCCUCUUAUCACAUAUGCCUUCUACAAGGACCAGGUAACCUGUCUGACUCGUGAAGUGGUUACACGGGACAAGAAAACAUUAAGAGGUUCGUUACCGAUGGAAGAACAUUAUUAAAGCCGAAUUAUAUUCUUUACAAGCACUCCAUUAACAUAGUUAGAAACAAAUAGAAAUUCUCAAACUACAUAUAUUUCAGAAGGACCCUAAAUAGGCAAUUGGCUCGUAAGCGUGUCAGUAGUAAUUUAUAGGAAUUUUCGAGCAAGUGUUCAAAGGAAUUGUGAACCUAGAACUUCCUGUUGCUGUCCCUGUCUCCUUACAAAAGGAGUUUAUCAGAGAUCUUAAGUUCCGACGGCGGCGAUGGCAAUGAGAACAUAAAAAAAAGCUGAGCAAGAGGUUAUAUAAUCAAAACACCAACUCUGUAAUUAAGUGCAUCACAUGUAUUUUUACAAUUCUUUGCCGUCACUGUAAGACUACGACGUGAAAGUGCCUAAUUCAAUCUCUUUAAUGGAGGACGUAAACAAGCCCCGAGGAAAUUUUCUUUCUUUUUCUUCACUUGGAUAUCAUAUCUUAAAAGUUCCACUUUAGAAGACCCUCUGUAAAAACAAAGGAGACGAAUUUCGUUGGAAGAAAAACAUGAAGAUUUCAUAGCGGCGGUGAGAAAAUGAGAAAUGCUAGCGGCCACCAAGCUCAAAUGAGCGGCAGUGAAAAACAUAAAAGCGAACAGCAACUCAAGCAACAAAAUUUUUCAUUAUGAGGACAUACGACAAUUCCUCCAUAAAAAAUAAUGUGUAACGAGGAAGUUUCACGUUUUAGUCGUGCAAAACGGCAUUGUAGUAGAAAAAACACAUUNGGACCCUAAAUAGGCAAUUGGCUCGUAAGCGUGUCAGUAGUAAUUUAUAGGAAUUUUCGAGCAAGUGUUCAAAGGAAUUGUGAACCUAGAACUUCCUGUUGCUGUCCCUGUCUCCUUACAAAAGGAGUUUAUCAGAGAUCUUAAGUUCCGACGGCGGCGAUGGCAAUGAGAACAUAAAAAAAAGCUGAGCAAGAGGUUAUAUAAUCAAAACACCAACUCUGUAAUUAAGUGCAUCACAUGUAUUUUUACAAUUCUUUGCCGUCACUGUAAGACUACGACGUGAAAGUGCCUAAUUCAAUCUCUUUAAUGGAGGACGUAAACAAGCCCCGAGGAAAUUUUCUUUCUUUUUCUUCACUUGGAUAUCAUAUCUUAAAAGUUCCACUUUAGAAGACCCUCUGUAAAAACAAAGGAGACGAAUUUCGUUGGAAGAAAAACAUGAAGAUUUCAUAGCGGCGGUGAGAAAAUGAGAAAUGCUAGCGGCCACCAAGCUCAAAUGAGCGGCAGUGAAAAACAUAAAAGCGAACAGCAACUCAAGCAACAAAAUUUUUCAUUAUGAGGACAUACGACAAUUCCUCCAUAAAAAAUAAUGUGUAACGAGGAAGUUUCACGUUUUAGUCGUGCAAAACGGCAUUGUAGUAGAAAAAACACAUUUUGAAAAAAAAAUUGGGUGUCAGAACGCAGUUGCCUUGGCAACUUCAAUGUUGAUGCACACGUCAAAACGACGUUAAAAUGUUUCCAGCUAAUUUUUAGGAAAAGUCUUUGUGCUUGGUGGUCAUAGCUUAAACUGUUUUGAAGUUAUUCAAUUUUUUUCGUCUUGGGGCGAGGGCUCCAAAAGCCCCCCGGUCUGAUUAGGGUUACUAUAAAACUCCCCAUUGACCAAACGUUCAGCAACAUCGUCUCUAUAAACAUAUCCGAAUACGUGUUUGGCACCUAUAAAUCCUAAUACCCUAUAUGUACUUAAAUCUGGAAACAUUUAUGAAUCCAGUGCGUAUAUACCUAAGUAAUGAUAUGUAAACGCGGAAUUGGCCACGAUGUCUAAUUACUGGGUUCGACGUUACAACUUAUCAUGUUUGUCUUGCAGAUAUGUACCUGGACUACUUAACAACCCCCUUCGUCAUCUUUUUAAAGGAAAAACUACAACAAGUAGUGUUCAUAGCUUUACACAUCAGAAUAUGUGUAUUGGGGUCUUUUGUAUCACCAAGAAUCGAGGAAUAUCUCAUUCUUGUAUUUUACAUCGGAUUGUUGAUCUCUGAGUUUCAGCAAUAUCGUACAUCUCAAUCCAAAGUUUAUUUUCGGUAAGAUGGCAAGGCUAAGACCUCUAAUAAAGUAAUUAACUUUCCCGUAUAACCCUUCCUCAGACUUUCCUUAUAAUAGUCAAUGAAUGUUUAUUAAUUGCGAGUCAGAAGAGCUUUUGAAACCAGACUUAGCUUAUCAGUGUUCCUCGGUCCAGCUGUCGGUCUGAUUCUGACUAUCUUCCAAUGACGCGUGGGCUCCUCAACUGAGCGUAAGUUUUAAAAGAACUUUCAUAAGGGGUCCAAAUAUUCAGCAAUUGUCACAAACCUGAAAAAAAAUAUGUAUUAAUGCAGAUCAAAGGGUUAAAGCACUUUUUUAGCACAAAACUAUUACCUCUUCUGGAGCUACAGUGGUGGUUAGAGGGAUUUGGAUUCGCUUUUUUGCUCAAUCCUCUAUAAAAUAAUCAUCUAGACACUGUUCUUUAGCAACAUAAACUCAAGCAGCAAUACAAAUAAAUAUAUAUAUAUUAUUCUAGAAAAUAAAAAAUAAAAAACAAUUUUCACUUCUAUUAUAAGAAUGAUGAGUCCAACAUUUGGAUGCUUUAAAUUAUUUAUGAAAAUAACAUACUGUAGUUAAUGACAUUUUGUUUUCCAUGCUUUGUUGAUCGAAAGGUAGUUUUUGUUUUCUUUUUUACUGUUUACGCCCGACUUACCGUGAAAUUUUUACUUUGCUUACCGUAUGUUAAAAUGGUGUUCAUUUGUAAAGUUGUUCUUCACAAAAUACUUUUGAGUCUUGUCUUUCUUCUCCAGAAAUAUGUGGAACUAUGUGGAUGUCAUUACCCUCUCCUGUCACGCUAUCAUAUUUGUCCUCAGAGUUGCGUCCAUCAUUAAAGGUGGAGAUCCGUACCAUAACAGACUACUGGAGGUAAUUAACUAUCUCUACGGUGUAAACACUCUGCUCCUAGUCUUGAGGUUUUCAAGCAUACUGGAAUUAAACAAAACAGUUGGACCACUUCAGUUGGCUUUGUUCAGAAUGAUCGUCGACCUUAUGAUCAUUUUAGUUCAGUUUGUGUUUGUAAUUUUGGCUUUUUCUGUUGCCAUCACAAUGAUCUACACCGCCGAGAUGUCUUAUUUGACGCCAGCACAAGAGGUGGAAACCAACCGGACCCAGGUUAAAAGGUGA